AGGAAACCGGGGCGAGUUGGAACCAGCCCGGCACAGGCACGAGCGAGACCUGCCGUGCGCCCCACCGCCCCCGCCUGCACCCCAGCGCCGGCUGGAGGCAGAGGUGCUGGGGCGGCCAUGGAGGCGGCGGUGCCGGCGGAGGAGGCAUUGGUGCUGGUGGAGUACGGCUUCGAGUACCGAGCCAAGGACGGGACCUUGGUCUCCAUCAAGCCUAACGAGCGCUAUGUCCUGCUGAAACGAACCAACCACCACUGGUGGCACGUCAAGAAGAGCGGGGACACCCGGCCCUUCUACAUCCCUGCCCAGUAUGUGAAGGAGCUGCCCCCCAUCGCCACCCCGGCCCCGCUCGACCCCCCGCUGCCAGGGCACGCCGGGACAGAUCCAGCCACGCUCGCCCCGCAGUUGCCACCAGCCUACGAGUAUCGGUUCAUCGGCGCUGCUGAGGCGGAGGAGCCGGCCAGAGGAUGCUCCGUGCCCAGGAGGGACUCGGUGCCCAGGAGGGACUCGGUGCCCUGGAGGGACUCUGUGCCCUGGAGGGACUCGGUGCCCAGGAGGGACUCGGUGCCCAGGAGGGACUCACCGCCAGUGCUCAGCUCUUUUCGGGUCCCACCGAGGCUGAGUCCCCACCCCGCCGAGCCCAUGCGCCCCUCGCACUCCCUAGAUGACCUGGCACGCGUGACCCCGGUGCCACAUGGUGCUGCUGCCAUGGGGUCGUGCAGGGACCCCCCAGGACACACUCGCCCACUCGGCAAGAGCUGCUCCGAGACCCUCUACAGCCCCGGCAAGGACAGGGACACAGCCAGGAGGUGGCCGGGGUCCAGCCAUGCAGCUCAGGCACGCAAAGAGCCAGAGGAGUCGCCUGCCCCCAUCUACCUCAAUAUCCAGGAGCUGCAGGAAGAAGCUGCAGCCACCAGCUCAGCCCCGGAGGAGUCCAGCAGCUCUGUGUCGGAUUGGGAAACCCACACAGAUACGGACAGUGGACAUUUGUUUUAUUAUAACCCAGUGACGGGCGAGACCACGUGGGAUUGUCCCUUUGGGCAGGCAGAAGAUGGAGUGAGUCCCGUCGCCUCUCCCGCCUCCUCACUCACCCACAGCCCGGAGCUUCCCGAGUGGGAACAGUACAUGGACGAAGCCAGCGGACAGGUUUUUUUCUAUAAUUCAGUAACAGGUGAGACGUCGUGGGAACCCCCACCCACAGGAGAUCGAGGCAGCUCCCACGAUCUGUACCCUGGGGUGAUGCGGUACGGUCCCAUGGAGCAGAGGCCGCCCACUCCGGAAGCAGACUAUCCCGACCUGUCUCCAGAUGAGCUGGAGGGUUAUCCCGAGGAGGACUACUCGCCCAUGGGCUCCUAUGAUCCGGGGGCCGCUCCCUCUCUGUCCCCGAGGCACUCCGAGGAGCUGGGCUCACCCCCAGGCUGGUAUGGGGACAACCACCCUGAGGGAGCCGUGUUCUGCCCCGAGCACUUCGCCUCUGACACGGUGCCAUCGGGCAGCCGCCACAACCGGGCCAGCAGCAGCUCCAGCCAGGACAGCGGACUUUUUGCCUGGCACGGUGCUGCGCCACUGGCACUGGGGCUCAAGGAGGAGAAGUUUAAAAGCCUCGAAAAAGCUGGGGUGCUCAACCGGACCAAGACGGUGGACAGAGGGAAGCGGCUCCGGAAGAACUGGAGCUCCUCCUGGACGGUGCUGGAAGGGGGGAUCCUCACCUUCUUCAAGGACUCCAAGCAUUCGGCUGCCAGUGCCUUGCGGCAGCCCAGCACCCUGACCACCCCCGAGCACACGGUGGAGCUGCGCGGGGCCACCCUCACCUGGGCUGGCAAGGACAAGUCCAGCAAGAAGCAUGUCCUGGAGCUAAAGACACGGGAGGGCUCAGAGUUCCUCAUGCAGCACGACUCAGAGCAGAUCAUCACUGCCUGGCAGAAGGCGAUCACCGACAGCAUCAGCAGGCUGGGCACCGACCUCCCCGGCGAAGAGGAUGCCGAGAGCGGGGCUGAAUUCGGCUCCCGGGAGAAGCUGGGGGGCGGCGAGGAGAAGAGGGCAGGUGCCCUGUCCUCGCCAGUGGCCGGGCAGGCAGCGGGCAGUGCCAGCGGUGAGAACGACUCCAGCAAAGUCCGGAACAAACUCCGCAAGUUCCUGCAGAGGCGGCCGACGUUGCAGUCCCUGCGCGAGAGGGGCUACAUCAAGGAUCCAGUUUUCGGCUGCUCCCUGCAAGCGCUGUGCGAGCGGGAGCGGGGGACAGUGCCCCGCUUCGUCCUGCAGUGCAUCCAGACCGUGGAGAGGAGAGGUCUGGACAUUGACGGGCUGUACCGGGUCAGCGGCAACCUGGCCACCAUCCAGAAACUGCGCUACAAAGUGGAGCACGACGAGCACCUGGACCUGGAUGACGGGCGCUGGGAGGACAUCCACGUUGUCACCGGAGCGCUGAAGCUCUUCUUCAGGGAGCUGCUGGAGCCGCUCGUCCCCUUCAGCCACUUCGACAAGUUCAUCGCUGCCAUCAAGAUGCAGGACCCGACCAGGCGGGGCCGGUGCAUCCGUGACCUGGUGUUCUCCCUCCCGCCUGCCCACCACGACACCAUGAAGGUCCUCUUCCGCCACCUCUGCAGGGUUAUCGAGUACAAGGAGGAGAACCGCAUGUCAGUGCAGAGCAUCGCCAUCGUCUUCGGCCCCACGCUGCUGCGGCCAGCGAACGAGGAGGGGAACAUGGCCAUGCACAUGGUCUUCCAGAACCAGGUGGUGGAGCACCUCCUCAACCAGUACAGCUACAUCUUCCCUGACGGCUAGACCCCCCUGGGGACAUGCAUGGGCACAAGCCCAGCCGUGGGGACAUGAAGGAGCAGCAUCUCAGGGGAAGGACUCAGCCGUGUGUCACCUCGGACUGUGGGUGGUGGCAGUCGUGGGCUCGAUGAAGGGCAGCGCAGCAGCCCGGCUCGCUCGGGAUGCGGCUCAAAGGAUGGGUGCCGGAGCUGGGGGCACCCCAAGCACCCCAUCCUCCUCAGGCACCCCCUCCCGCUGGGGCCAGAUCUGCGGAGGUUGAGCCCCAGGGGGUGCGUGGGGUUUGGGGCGAUCCCCAUCAGUCAGAGGGAAUGAUGGAGCCCAGCGGUCCCCAGCUCGCUGGUGGCAGAGGCCCGGCAUCCCCGGGUAGGAGGAUGGAGGUGCCCGGCCAGGCAGUGCCCGCGGGGACGGUGCCACCGGUGGGGCGGGCAGGGAGGAGCCAGGCUGUGCCAUGGCUGGAGCUGGCGUCCGGCACGAGCCCACCGCCGUAUUCCCAAAUAAAGAGCCCGGACAGC